AAAACUUUUUUAUUCGAAUUUAAAAAAUUGAGCGUGUGGGGGGGGGGGGGGGGGGGGGGGGGGGGGGGGGGGGGGGGGGGGGGGGGGGGGGGGGGGGGGGGGGGGGGGGGGGGGGGGGGGGGGGGGGGGGGGGGGGGGGGGGGGGGGGGGGGGGGGGGGGGGGGGGGGGGGGGGGGGGGGGGGGGGGGGGGGGGGGGGGGGGGGGGGGGGGGGGGGGGGGGGGGGGGGGGGGGGGGGGGGGGGGGGGGGGGGGGGGGGGGGGGGGGGGGGGGGGGGGGGGGGGGGGGGGGGGGGGGGGGGGGGGGGGGGGGGGGGGGGGGGGGGGGGGGGGGGGGGGGGGGGGGGGGGGGGGGGGGGGGGGGGGGGGGGGGGGGGGGGGGGGGGGGGGGGGGGGGGGGGGGGGGGGGGGGGGGGGGGGGGGGGGGGGGGGGGGGGGUGGACCCGCGCCGCCGGGACUCUUUUCUUUGUGUAAAGUUGGCUUUGCAUAGUUAUAUUGUGGUUGUGUGUGCCGUGCCAGGUUCCUUGCUGCUGGCGGGAGGCUUGGGGGUGAGUGCCUCUUGGUAG